GAUCCCAUAAAGAAACAAAUUUCUCAUUGGAGUUGUAAAAUAAUCCGGGUUGAAGUUGCAAUGUUUAUUUUAUUUGGAUUUGGAGCUUGUUGAUCGACAGAAGCUAUCUGACAAAUUGAAAGGCAGCUGAACACUAGCUUUGUCUUAAUAGUUUCAUUGGGAACUCAGCUUUGUUACAGAGUUGUAGAUAUAUGUGUGUUUAGAGGGAGCUACUGGGAGCUUUGUUGGGAGAUGGAGCCACAAGUAAUGAAGCUGCAGCUGAGAGACUCUCUUCCGGUGCCUUGCGUUCAAGAGUUGGUCAAAAGCUCACCGUCGACAGUUCCCCAUCGAUAUAUUCGCCCCGACCAAGAUCCUCCUUUUGUGUUCACUGACACUUCAGCUCAAGUCCCUGUUAUUGACUUGCACAAGUUGCUGUCCUCCAGCAAUUGUGAGGAUCCUGAACUUGAUAAGUUCCAUCAUGCUUGCAAAGAUUGGGGUUUCUUCCAGCUGAUAAAUCAUGGAGUGAGUGAUGUAUUGGUGGAGAGUAUGAAAUCAGGCAUUGAAGCACUCUUUAAUCUUCCAAUGGAAGAGAAGAGCAAGCUGUGGCAAAAACCAGGAGAUGUUGAAGGAUUUGGACAGAGCUUUGUUGUCUCUGAGGAGCAGAAGCUUAAUUGGGGAGAUCUCUUUGGACUUUUUAUGCUCCCCACUUACUUAAGGAAACCUCACUUGUUCCCCAACCUCCCUCUUCCAUUCAGAGAUGAUUUGGAUGCUUAUGCACUGGAGAUGAAAAAUCUAGCCAUGAAACUGCUUGAAUUAAUGGCGAAGGCACUGAAAAUGGAGAUUUGCGAGAUGAGAGAGGUGUUUGAAGAAGGAAUGAUGUCAACAAGAAUGAACUACUAUCCUCCAUGUCCUCAACCAGAACUUGUCAUUGGACUCAAUAACCAUUCUGAUGCAUCUGCCAUUACCAUUCUUCUUCAAGUCAAUGAAAUGGAAGGCCUCCAGAUAAGAAAGGAUGGGAGGUGGGUUCCUGUUAAGCCUCUCCCAAACGCCUUUGUUGUCAAUAUUGGAGACGUUAUGGAGAUUAUCACGAAUGGAACGUAUCGUAGCAUCGAGCAUCGUGCAACAGUGAACUCGGCGAAGGAGAGGCUCUCAGUGGCCAUGUUUUACAGCCCAAGAUUGGAUGGGGAGAUAGGUCCUGCCCCAAGCUUGGUCACUCCAGAAAGACCAGCCUUGUUUAAAACAAUUGGAGUCACAGAUUUCCUCAAAGGAUUCUUCACCAGGGAACUGAAUGGGAAGUCAUAUCUUGAUGUUAUGAGAAUCCAAAAGGAAUAGAUAUGAUCAAAACGGCUGCUUUGUUGUUGAUUUCUGAAACUACAUAUAAUAGCUCUGCUGUACAAUCAAAGAACUAUGCUGUGGCCUUCUUUAUUACAUAGCUGUUUGUCACAGAUUCUUUGGUUUUGAAACUUGGAAUAUAUCGCUACAAGCUCUUGUUUU